GAAUUCGAUAAACGAGCAGAAAAACUCUCCAGCCCUCCUCUGCUCUCCUCCUGUCCUCCUGCUAUGUUGUUGUGUGUGAGAGGAGCUCAGAGCGCACUCCUGCUUCUCAUCCACUCUCCUCAGAGCAACAUCUGUGCGCGUGACUCAUCUCCUCUGCUGCUUAAUUUCUCAUUUUGAAAUACAGGUUUAUUUUAUUUCAUUUUAUAUUCUUGUGCUUUUUUUCUGCAAUGGCGAAAUGGUCUCUUUUAUUUUUAUACUUCUUCCAAGGACUACUUCCCAUCAUCUUUGGGCAGCAGCAGCGCACAGCUGGCCCCUGGAGGCACCGGAUUCAGUGGGAGAACAAUGGGCAGGUUUAUAGUUUAAUGAGCACUGGUAUGGAGUACCAGGCUCCCGUUCGGUCCAGGGGCCAGACGAGAGUUUAUGUGAGCAGUAGGAGAGAUGGCACAAGGAGCCAAAUGCCGGUUGCGCACAGAGGAGCGACGCUUGUAAGACCCAGACAGACCGAAUCCAGACAGUUUAGGACUGUUAGCGAGGUGGAACCUGGAUUUGUCAGUCCAGGACAUGAUGCCACACAGUUUGUGCCUUCUAAUGGACGCGCAUCAGGUGCCGCACAGCAGCCUGAGCGCCCUUUCCUCACAGGAGCUGCAAGCUACUCAAGUGCACGACGCGUAAACCCUGAGCACACCACUACAAACUCCUCUGCAGCAGCCGGUAGUUUGACAGAAUUGCCAGCUAGGAGAACAGGUACCGGUGUGGAUACUUCAGCUCUGCACACUAGAGGGGGAGACCCAGGUCCCGGUGCGCAAUACCAACAAUUACGCACGGUGCCAGAUGCCAUAUCUGGCUCCAGGCAGCAGGCGCAGACAGAUCAAUCAGUCCCAGGACAUCCAACAGCUCAGGAGAGGGAAUCUGCAGCCCCUGCUCCUUUCCCAGUGCUGAUAGAGGAUUCAACAAACGAUGCUGUCAGUAACCGAGAGGACAUGAGUAACGAUGACCCUCGAAACCCGCUUAAGAACCACAGGAAUUCUGUUUUCUACAACAUGUAUCCCUCAAGAGGGAGGUCAGGGGCCCGCACUAACCCUCCACCAGGCACAGGACAUGGGACAAGAUAUUUCCAGAAUGGUGAGUGAAGUACCCUAAUCAUAUGAAGGCCAUCACAGUUGGCAUAGAUAUAAGUUAUCUUAAAGAAAAAAGAUUCAUCAGUGCGUUUAAAAAUAUGAAAAAAUCCACCCACCCUUCACUGUCAUCUACCUCUUGAAAACUCUUUUUUUCUGUGUGUGGACAUCUUUUGUAAAACCAGAGAGAAGAAAAACUGUCAGACAAGCAGAAAAAAAAGUCUUAUUUGGUGUUUGGAACACAAACUGACAGCUCGGGAAUGUAAAACAUUUUGAAAUAUGCCAACAAACACAGGCAGCCGCUCUUAUUCUGAGCCAGGACACUGUCUGUCUUAGGGAAAAGUUCUCAGCAGAGAUAAACUGGAAACAAUAGGACAUCAGAAUCACAAAUUGAUGCCUAAUAACUUGGACUGUCCCUUUAAAUUUUCUCCUCAGGUCUACCAGACUUGGUGCCGGAUCCUUAUGCCAUCCAGGCAGGUGCUUAUGUCCAGCGCAUGCAGAUGUACGCGCUCCGCUGUGCAGCUGAGGAGAACUGUCUGGCCAGGUAAUCUGUGCUGCCAAAAGUGAUUCACUCCUUCAGUACGCAGACUAACACACACGCACGCACACACACACGGUUAUUUCCUUUGUUUUAACUGUUCGUCUAAGGUUCAUUUCCCUUGUUUUAGCAGAAAUGUGGGUUGUUUAAAAAUCACCAUGUCUAAUUUUCACCUUGGAAGGUUCUUUGCUCUGUUGAUGGAGUGACAAAACCUGUUUGAUCUUAUUAUGGAGCAGUGAUUCUUCACCGUGAUGUCCUGCCAACACAUAAAUGUUCUGGGUUGAUUUUCCCAAAAGCAGUCAGCACACUGGAACAAACCGUUUGCACUUCAACAAAACUAACGCCGGAGCUCAGCCAGUGGUAUUUUCCAAAGCAGCUCAUGGCUUUUUCUUUCCUGUGAUCCACCUCAGGUCUGCAUAUGGACCAAACGUGAGAGACAUCGACUUCAGAGUCCUCCUGCGCUUCCCCCAGAAAGUGAAGAACCAGGGCACCACUGACUUCCUCCCUGUGAAGCCCAGAUAUCAGUGGGACUGGCACAGCUGCCACCAGUGAGUCCACUCAGAUUUAAACCCACACCACACCCACAAAAACAUGACAAUCUAGACUUCAAAAUAUAGACUAACAAGCUUGUCUGAUCUCUCCUCUGUUUCCAGACAUUUCCACAGCAUGGACGCCUUCAGUAACUAUGACCUCCUGGACACUGUCACUGGACGUAAAGUUGCUGAAGGACACAAGGCCAGUUUCUGUCUGGAGGACACAGGCUGUGACCCUGGAUUCAGGCGACGCUACGCCUGCACAUCUCACACACAGGUAAGUGAGAUGCAUUUACUUCAAGAGCUUUGAGGAGGAGAACAUAAAGUCACAUUUUCCUACUUGAUAUCAAGUCACAAUCUAGUAGAGUCAUUCUGAUUAAGACAUGACAUUUCAGUCACUUAGCAGCUCAGAAGGUGAGAAAUAAGUCACUCUGAAUGGCUCCAAACAAACAAACACGGCUCCAUUUAUGAUAUAAUUUUAUUAAACUGAUCGGACCGAACGUUAGACGUUGUCAGGUCAGCUUUGGAGAAGAUUACAUGUGGUUGGGUCCCGUCAUUGUUAAGCCAUGAUAUAGUUUUGUAGCCGACCGUUUAUCAAAUCAGAUCAUUGACUGAGAAUCAGACCAAGUCUACAUGUGUUUUAUUUGCUCUGGCAGAUGUCUGCUUCUUCUCCGCUCCAGACAGAUUUUCCUGUCUGGCAUUAGUCAGACCAAUCACGGCUUGUUUAUAUGAAAAGUGCAGGUUUGAUACGAUGACAUUUUCAAGACAUUCUGGAGACAUUUAGUAUACAGAGGAGCAUAAUUGAGGCAAUUAAAUGAAUAACAAGAGUGGGUGCAGCGUCAUUAGUACAUAGAAAAGUUAAGUUUGAAUUCUGGGAAUAACCUUUAACAGCUAAAAAACUACUGACAACUAAAACAACAUCGAAAAAAGGAAAAUAAAAUUCUUCAGAUAUUAAAAUUAAGCUGAAAGGCCUCUGGCUAAUUUACCUGUGGAAAUGUGGGCUUAUAAUAAUAAUAAUAAAGGACAUUAUUUUUAAAGAUAUCUGUACAUCUGAGGCUUGAGAUAUCCCAGUUUUAAUUCUCUAGAACUGGUCAAGACCCAGAAUGUACGAUACGACACGACACGAUACGAUACGAUACGAUACGAUAUGAUGCGAUACGAUAUUAUACAAUAUGAUAUGAUAUGAUUUGAUAUGAUAUGAUAUGAUAUAUGAUGUAAUAUAUGGUAUGAUACGACAUGAUAUGAUAUGAUUUGAUAUAAUAUAAUACGAUAUGAUAUGAUAUGAUACGAUCCGAUACACUUUAUUGUCCCCUUAGGGAAAUUUGUCAUGGAUGUAGGUCCUAUAAUUUGAAUUCUUAUUGAUCAGUCUUUUAAAACUUCUUUUUAAUAAUGUAGACCUUUUCAAAACUUUAAAACUUUUUUUGUUUUAGUUACAGCUACUGUGAGGAGUAUCUACUGCUUAUGAAACUGGCUGAAAUUAACGGUGAUGGCUUUAUGGCUACAGGGGCAAGCAAGGCUUUCAAUGACAGGAAUGGAAACUAUUAUGAAGCUGUUUUAAUGCCUGUAACUACUGUGAGGAGGUAGGCGUCAGACUAGAUGAUUUACAGCUCUUUGAAGAAAAAGUUUUAUUUUACCUUUCCAAAGCAAAUAAUUAUAGCGAGUGUCACAUUUUGAUGUUUAAAAUUUGUGAAAUGCCCCUUUUAAUGUUUCAAAUCUUCAUUAGACGAAAGAAAAUAUGACAGUUUAUGCAGAUAAUUAAACAGUCAGGUAGCCAGCCAGUGAGAGUACCUGUAUUUAAUCCCUCAUUAUUCAAAUUAAGUCGAACCAAACCCAGUGGAGGGUUCAAAGCUCUGAUUUAUGCAGUUACUUAGAGGGUGUUUCAAAGUCUGGAUUACACAUCCUCCAUAUCCUGUUCUGAGAAAUGUUUUUAUUACUACACUUCAUGUAUGCCAAUAAGAAAAAAAAUCACAUCCUGAAGACAUUGGAAUAUUUAUUAUAUCUGUUGUCUGGCUCUGUGUUUCUGGCUUUGCACUGCUUCGUUUUAGUGCCGGUGUCUAGUAACAACUCUGCUUCCAAAGACAUGUUUGAAUAACUAAAACUCAAAUCUGCCUCAUUUGCUGCUCUUGUAGGAAAAUAGUCAAAUUCAUCUCGAGUGUCUCAGUCAGACUCUUAAAACUCACUGGAGGGGGUUUAUGAUGUGUUUUCAGGGACUGAGUCCGGGAUGCCACGAUGUCUACGCUGCAAACAUUGACUGUCAGUGGAUCGACAUCACUGACGUGCCUCCAGGGAACUACAUUCUAAAGGUAACUCAGAGUAACACCACAUGACUGUCUUGUCAUAGAGAUUUAUGACACAGAUGUGCCUGCAAAGCAACUUGAACCAUUUUAUUUACACUUUUGCAGGUUACCGUCAAUCCAAAUUUCCACGUGUUGGAGUCAGACUUCACAAACAACAUCGUGAGAUGUGACAUUACAUACACAGGGAUCUACGUGCAGACACGCAACUGCAGAGUGACAAGGUAUGAAUGUUUCUGUUGCAUGUGGGGAUCUGAACACAGAUGAAACUGGGCAACUUCAGCAAAAUACUCGGUAGCACAUACAGUACCUGGGGUUUAUAGCUCUACACAUGCAGAUAAACCCAGCUAUGUUGCUGUUGUGUUUGUACGCAGUGAUGACACUUUAACUCAAAAAAUCGAAUUUUUUCCCACUUCUGUGUUUUUUUCAGGGGUUGAAAUCAUCUCUCGAAAGGUUUUUCUGCAGGAGAUUUGCAGCAAUCAUCUCUCCCUGUUGCCGCAGCAACAUCAACAAACAAAAAGUGCAAUUGGUAAAGUGACCAACUUGUCUUGUGCAUUGAUUAAGCCUUAAUAUUUACACAGUUUUUGUACAUUUUACUUGUGAGACACUCACAUUUACUUGAUUUUUUUAUCUCUACAAAUGUGCCAUCAUUCACAAACAGACAUAUUGGGUGUUUUUGCCUCAAUAUUGUCAAGUAUUGUUGUCUCGUAUGUUUUAUUGUUGAAUGCUGGUUACUUGCUUGAAUCAGUUGUUGUUGCAUGUUGUCUUUGUUUUUUUUGUCUCUGCCUUUUCUUUAUUUUAUGUGCACAUCAUUUUUUUUUCUUUUUGACUUUUAUUUAAAGGACAGGAUAUUCUGCAUUUUUUAAAUUGUCAACACACCUUUUUAAGGAAAUCAAGAUUAGUGAUGUGUUUGUCAGAUGAUGCGACUCUUUAUCUUUUCAGAGUACAAAGUUUGAAAUUUAUGACUUUAGUUUGUUAAACAGCUGUAUUUUUCAUUUUCAUUCAAACAACAAAAAAGUUUAUUUUAAAGGGAUUGAUUUCAGCCUUAAAUUUGAAUUCACCACCUUAUUAUUCAUGGCGAAUUUGCUGGUUUUUGGUAUUAAGUCAAAACAAAAAGGUCCUAAAUUUACAAACUGGUUUCUACCUGAAGAAGUUUUUUCUUGCCACUGUCACUCAUGUUAGAUGAGAUGGGUCAAAUCUGUCCCAUCAUAAGGUUGGGUCUUGGGUCUAGACCUGCUCUUGGAAUAAAAAAGUUAAAGGACAUUGUUGGAGUUUUAUGGCACAAAAGAAGGAUUCAAAGAUGUCACCGAUUAGUUCAUUACCUGCUUGACCCUCAAUUAGAUUUGUUGACGAUGAGAAAAGUCUGGAAUAUCCGCCUUGUCAUCCUUGAACCACUCGCUGGUCACAUCUGUUAAGUAUAUCUCUUGAUGUUAAAUGAUAUGUUUGUUAGUGUCUGUAUGAAUGUGCGCAUGUGUCUGACGGAGAGAAUGGAAAAUGUGGAAAAUCGUUAUUAUAAUUAUCAUUGUUGAAAAGCUCAUCAUUCAAUGUCAGUAUGUUGGAUUCAAUGGAAUAAAGUUGGUGAGGAGUUUCUUA